AUGGCUGUUACGUCUGGUCAACCAAAACCCAGAAUCUUGGAUCGACCAAGAGAAUCUCCUCUUGGCGCGGCUCAUGUCAUCACUCGGUCACCAGAAGAGCGUCCAGUAGCUUUCCUGGACCUGUCACAGGAUGGUAUCCCUCUUGGUCGAAUAGAGAUUACCCUGUUUCGUGAUCAAGUUCCUUUUACCUGCGACAAUUUUAUGGCCUUGUGCACAGGAGAGAUCAUCGGGAAUGGGCGCUUUCACAAAAAGAAGAUGCAUUACAAGGGCUCGCCUUUUCAUCGCAUCUUGCCGGGAUUCAUUUGCCAAGGUGGGGAUUAUAUCCUCGGGAACGGCAUGGGGGGUGAGUCCAUCUAUGGAAGGAGAUUCCGGGAUGAAGCGUUGGAUUCCCAAUUCACGAAGAGAGGACAGGUAGCGAUGGCGAAUAACGGCGGGAAUGACAACAGUUUUUCAGGAGCUCAAUUCUUCGUCACAUUCGCCGAUGCACCCAGCAUCAACAGCCGUGCCGUCUUAUUUGGCGAGAUUAAUGACACUGAGAGUAUGAAAACUUGUGCGUCAUUUGGCGGUUGA